AUGCGUGGCAUUCGUCUCUGUCACUCCGACUCCAGGGAGAUGGCGCGCAGAGGCGCGCGGGUGUAUGCGAGUGCGGUGAAGGCGGCGGAAAUGGAGGGACUAAGUACCUUCUCUCCUGCCCCCUCUCGGGCGGCAGUGGCCCACCGGGUGGCAAGGGAUGGGCGGGUGGACGUGCUGGUGAGCAACGUGCGCAGCAGCAUGCCGUGUCCCAUGGCGGAAGUGGCGCGUGUGGUGGCAGAGGAGGGGCGGGUGGACAUUCUAGUGAACAACGUGGGCAUCGGCAUGCCAUGCCCCGUGGCUGAUGCGGCAGUGGCCCACCUAGUGGCAGAGGAGGGGCGGGUAGAUGUGCUGGUGAACAACGCGGGCAUCGGCAUGCCAUGCCCUGUGGCUGAUGUGCCCUUGGACCAGCUCCGCCAGGUGCUGGACGUCAAUCUCUAUGGUGCCGUUGCCAUGGCCCGAGCCGUCUUCCCGGUCAUGGCACAGCAGCAGACUCGCUCUCGCAUUUUGAACAUGGCAAGUGUUGCGGCAUAUGUCAACAGGCCAUGGAGCUGUGCCUACUCUGCCAGCAAGGCGGCGCUCGCAGCGGCCACCAGCUGCAUGCGCAUGGAGAUGCGGCCCUUCAGCAUUGACGUGGUGCUCGUCACACCGGGCUACAUCAAGUCCCGCAUCUUCCGUAACGCUCUAGCCAGCGCCCCCAUCCUUCCCAGUUCAAGUCAUUACAAGCCCUACGAGGCGUCCUACAGAGAGCAGUUCGCAGCUAGUGCGGACAAUCCUUGGGCGACUAACACUGCUGAUUUUGCUACACAACUUGCUGACGUGGCACUGGGCAAAAGCAGUCCUCCGUGGCGGGUUCUGUAUGGCCACCAAGCACUAUUUGCUGUAUUCAUGUCCUACCUUCCUGCAACAAUUCUUGAUUCAUUGCUGUGGGUUGCAUUUGCAAAAAGAAAGUAG